UUAACUCGUCACGUCACACCAUAAUGGAGUCCGUGCGUAAAGCCAACCAAAGACUAAAACAAUAUCCGAUGCUGUUGGGCAAAUGUUCCGAUAGCGCUGCAGUGUAUGCGGCUUGUGUAACUAGAGACUUAAAUGUGAGCCAUCGUGCAUGCGAACAAGAAUUUUUAGACUUUAAAAAGUGUUUACAAAAAGUGGCCCGGGACAUGAAGACGAAACUGUGAAAAACUGAUAAAGACUCUUCCAUCUGGUGCAUCUAGUUUAGUGUGACAAAAUGAAACUGAAAGUGCUAGCGGACGCGUUAAAGACAAUUUCAUUUCAAAAUCAUUUGAUCCUCAGCAUUCUGAUUCGAUGCCUACUAAUCGUAUACGGAGAGAUACAGGACGGUGUGUCCGAGGUGCCGUACACUGACAUCGACUAUAAAGUGGUGACUGACGGAGCCCGA